GUUGGGAAGACCCGGGGGGCAGAAUCCCCUCUGUCCUCCAUUUCUGCCAGUGUGCUGCUAUCAGUGUCCACGUUAGACCCAAACCUGGCCAUUGUCUUAGGCCACAGCCCAGGAACGAGAAGUUUCCGUGAUGAUCUUGAAAAUCAGAGGCCUGUGGUGAUGCUUCUUCAGGGGGCAGUCAGGACUCAGCCAGAGGCCAGGAGGGGGCUCCCGGCCUGGAACCAAGAACCAACAGAGAGGUGGCCACUAGCGGCACCAGCCCCUCUCCCAUCCCCACUCCCCACGCAGGCUUGCUCAGCCGCACCCCACACCUUGCCUCUUCUUCUGGUCAACUGCACAGGCGCACCCCGAAAAUCUCCAUCGGCUGCUGCAGCUGCUCCCAUCCUCAGGACCCUCACCAUGAAAGGCCUGCUGCUGCUCACCCUGUCUGCACUGCUCCUGUGCGUCUCAGCUGACAUCCGCUGCCACUCCUGCUACAAGGUCCCUCUGCUGGGCUGCAUGGACCGGCAGUCCUGCCUCCUGGAGCCAGGACAGAAGUGCCUGACGACGAAUGUGUACCUCGGUAAGAUGUGGCUCUACUCCAACCUGCGCUGUGGAACGUCCAAAGAGCCUUGCCUGGAAGCUUUCAACCAAACCAACCAGAAGCUGGGCCUGACCUACAACACCACCUGCUGCAGCAAGGACAGCUGUAACAGCCCAGCCCCCCGGCCCGCGCCAGCCCUGGCCCUCGUCUUCCUCACCUCCUUGGCCGGUGUUGGCCUCUGGCUGCUGCACUGAGACUCACUCCCGGGCUGCCCCUGUUCCCGCCUGCCCUAACCAGAGCCCCUCGCCCUGUGUCUCCAGACCCCCUGGCUUCCCAGG